AUGAUCACCGCACAAUGGAAGGAGUCCACCGGAUGGGCAGCUCCAGAGCUGAAGCCCUACGGCCCUCUCAGCAUCAUGCCGACAGCGUCUUGUCUGCACUACGCGACUGAGUGCUUCGAGGGACUGAAGGUGUACCGCGGUUACGAUGGAAAAUUGCGAGUGUUUCGAUUGGAUCGCAACGCGGCCCGUUUCCAGAUGUCGGCUCAGCGGAUGUCACUCCCGGGAUUUAAUCUCGAAGAAUUCCAGAAGCUCGUUUUGGCCCUCCUCGCUGUGGAUGGCCCUAAAUGGCUUCCAAAAGAUCGCGCCGGCAGCUUUUUGUACGUUCGACCGACUAUGAUCGGCACCUACCCGCAGCUGGGCGUCCAAGCUCCGAAGCAAGCCAUGAUGUUCAUCGUGGUUUCUUUCAUGCCUCGCCUGGACAACCCGGAAGGCGGUCUGCGACUGUUUACAUCUUUGGAAAAGGAUGUAAGAGCGUGGGUAGGUGGAUUCGGUCACACCAAGGUCGGCGCCAACUACGGACCGACAGUCCUUGCUACGAAGCACGCGUCUUCUCUGGGCUACAAGCAGAUUCUCUGGCUGUACGGAGAGAACGGAGAAGUCACCGAGGCUGGCGGUAGCAACUUCUUUGUUGUCUGGAAGCGGAAGGACGGAAAGAAGGAGCUGGUUACCGGUCCCCUGGGAGAUCAGCUCAUCUUGGAUGGAGUUGUGAGAAGAAGCUGUCUCGAGCUUGCGAAAGAAAGACUCGGAGACGAUCUGGAAAUCACCGAACGCAAGUACACCAUUUCUGAGGUGAUGGAAGCCUACACUGAAGGCCGGUUGUUGGAAGCUUUUGUCUCUGGAACAGCGUGGUUCAUCACUGCGGUGUCUCACAUUCAUCAUCGAGGUGAAGAUAUCCCCCUCUCAAUGGGAACAGACGGUUCGGGUGGUGAAGUUACACUCAAGAUCAAGGGAUGGUUGAGAGAUAUGCUGUAUGGCAAUGUUGAACACGGAUGGACUGAGGUCAUUCAUGAAACUGGGCCUAAACAACAGACAACCAAAUCAAGCUAA